AUGUGGCAUACAAGGAUUAGGCUCCGGAAAAGCAUAAGGAUAGAAGACGAGAAGCUUAUCCAGAAACCAAGAGGGUACGCCUUCAGAAAAGCAAUACAAGAUAAGCACGGAUUGGCCUUCUUCUUCAUAGGAAUGUCCACGAACCUGAACCUGGACACGAGUCUGUUGACGCAGAAGGUGUUCGACGUGGAAAAUUUCGCAAACAUCACACUGUUCAUGUAUUUCGGAGUGCUUGUGUCCGUGGUUUUCCUAUACCUAUUCCUGAUAGACCCGCGCUUCUACCAGCUGAUAGUGUCAUUGUGGCUACUAGUAUUAUCGAGAGUGUUCCACCUAAUUCUGGCAAUAUUCGCCUCCGGAAAAACAGGAAGGAACUUGUUUUUAGUGUUUUAUACAGUAAACGGAUUUUUGAGAGGAGUGAUUUCUUUAACAAGCAAUCACGUUAUAUCGCAAUAUUUUUUAAAUAAGUCGUAUCUGCAUCUGAUCGACGGAGGAGUUAUGUUCUCAAUUCUGGUGUCACUGUUGCAACUGGCCUGCGACGAGGUGAUAGGGUCCGACACGAUGAAAAACGCAAGGAAGUCGCUGAUCGUGGCGCAGAUUUUAUACCUGUCGAUCACAGUCAUCGGGUGCAUCUGGAUAACGGUGGUGUACUCGAUCCACAGCGUGGAGGACCCGGAGUCGCCCAAGAUCUACGGAAUUGAGAAGACGCAGGUCGCAAUCAAUAAGUUCAAGUACAGCAGGUUCUACCUCUCGAAGCUGAUGGUGGUGAUCCUGGCGUCGGUGAUCCGCGUGUCAUUCCACCCUGUGCUUAUCCCGUUCACCAUGGACAUCAAGCACAUGUACAAGCUCCUGGGCUCGAUCAUGUUCACGGUCUUCGAGUUCGUCGGAAGACUUAUGUCAUUCCAGGUCGACGAGUACAUAGACCCGAACAAGAAGAGCCCGAACAUCGACCAUGACACGUUCCUCGUGCUGCUGGACGUGCCGAAGUACCUGCUGUUCGUGAUGCAGUUAUCGGCCUGCGGAGUCGCACUCUACUCUACCUGGAAGCAGAGGCUGGGCAUAAGCAAGAACCCGGUCAUCAUCUGCCUCCUGGCGCUGUCCUCGGGCUUCAUCGUGGGUUUCACGAGCAACUGCGCGUUCGAGGGCGCGCAGUCGUCGCUGGAGUACUAUUCGCACCUGAAAGGGAGGAGGAACCCGAGAGUGCGGGGCGAAGACUCGAAUCCGCCGGGCAACAUCAUCACCGCCGACGUCGCAAUGGACACGUCGAACGCCAACGACAUCCUGACCCUGUUCAACUACGUGUCCUACGUCGCGGGCUCCAUCAUAUCCUACGUGGCCUACAAGAUCAUCAAGGCGCACAAGGAGAGCCCGUGGUUCAUAAUUAAGUCGCGCGGGGACAGCCUGGACGUCCACGCAGUGAACUCGCUGGCGCAGAAGCUCAAGUUAGCGUAG